CUGACAGUGUGUGGGUCAAACUGUUACAACAACAGUGAGUGGGACUUGAAGAAGGUGAAGAAGGAGCUCUACGAUGGCUCUGAGUGCAGCCGACAGAGCCAUCGGGGCCAUUAUUGGGGCCGCAGUGGCAGACGCCGCAGCCCAGCCCAUGCACUGGAUCUACAAACCAGACAAGCUGAAAGAAGUUCUCUCUGAUCUGGAGCCCUCUCCGGAGUUUCGGCCUCAGUCAGCGAAUCCUUUCUACCGCAGGACGACGGGGGAGCAGACCUGCUACGGAGACCAGGCAUUUGUCUUGUUGCAGUCACUGAGUCAGUGCGGAGAUGUCAAUGUGGAGGACUUGACCAACCGCAUCUACAAGUUCUUUGGCCCAGGAACUGUGUACGAUCUCCCUCUCAAUGAUCCUUACCGAAAGCCAGGAGGUCCCAAAGCUGUGCUCCCCAUUGACGGCCCAUGGAGGAAUGGCAGCCUGAAAGCUUUCAUAAGAAAUGUGGAUGCCGGCAAAGCAGAAACUGGCUGUGCUGUGGACUGUCAGAUGGAUGGCGUCACUAAGCUGGCUCCAGUCGUGGCCAUGUUUGCUGGACGAGCUGAGAUGCUUGAGAAAGUGGAGAACGUCAUACGGGUCACCCAGAAUAACGACAUGUGUGUCGCUGUGACACUGGCUGCAGCAAGGUUUUUGGAGCAUUUCAUUCUGAAUGGUCCUGAUCCCAAUGCUUUGGAUGCAGUGCUGGCCCAGCUGAACGACCCAAAGAGGCAGAACCCCCAGGAGCUGGAUAAGGCUGUUGUUGCUCAUAUCCACCAGGUGAAGGAUAACCUGGCCAGGACUUCCCAGCAGCUCAUACCUGCUGUGUUCACCAACACAUGAGCUUUGCCCGGUGCGUUCCAGGGAGCGCUUCAUGGUGUCCUGACGCUGAGCCGCUUGGACGAGGCGGUCAGGGACACCAUGCGCUGUGGGGGAUGCACCGCCAGCCGAGCCUCCUUCAUAGGAGCCUGUUUUGGAGCACAGACCGGUCUGCAAGGAAUUCCAGAGUCUUGGAGGAAGAGGACACUCAGAUAUCCUGUGCUGCUGGAGCUAGCCCAAAACAUGGUCACAAGUCAGCAGAACUAGUUCAGAAUGAUUCUUUUUGAUUUUUGCAUCCAUCAACACUGCUUUUCCCACAAUUGUUGUUUAUCAGCUAUCAAGUAUUUAGGGAGAGAGCUAACCCACGUGUUGGUAGAAGCAUUUGGCGUCUGAAAAACGUUCUCAGGUUGCAGAUGUACUUUGGCACAGCAGUCCAUGACGGUCACAUUCUAAAGUCGUUGCACUGAAUGAAACUUGAGCCUCCUUGCUCUGUCAAAGCUGCAUCCUGUAACUGUGUGAAGCAGUCAGCUGAUGUUUUAUGGAUGUAUAAGGAAGAUUAAAUUUCGCCUCCGCUGCAUUGUCAUCAACAGUGGUAAAUAAAGAAUCUAUAACAUCCCCGACAUGUCUUUGUAUUAUUACAUGCCAUC